UGCUAUGUCUGCGCCGGAAGUGGAGCACCUCCUGACCACUCCUCAUGGCGGCGGAAACUUGGGCGCGGUACGGUGGUGAUUGAGCGAGCCUGGCCGGCUGGCGCCGAGCUCUGGCCUGGCCUCCACGUCCUCCCCGGGCUCCGCACUCCUAAUGCUUCGCGGGUGUUGAGUCCUUCCCGGCCGGGACAAUGGUGAAAUAUUUCCUGGGCCAGAGCGUGCUCAGGAGUUCCUGGGACCAAGUGUUCGCCGCCUUCUGGCAGCGGUACCCGAAUCCCUACAGCAAACAUGUCUUGACGGAAGACAUAGUACACCGGGAGGUUACCCCUGACCAGAAACUCCUGUCCCGGAGACUCCUGACCAAGACCAACAGGAUGCCGCGCUGGGCUGAGCGAUUGUUUCCUGCCAAUGUUGCUCACUCGGUGUACAUCCUGGAGGACUCUGUUGUGGACCCACAGAAUCAGACCAUGACCACCUUCACCUGGAACAUCAACCAUGACCGGCUGAUGGUGGUGGAGGAACGCUGUGUUUACUAUGUGAACUCUGAUAACAGUGGUUGGACCGAAAUCCGCCGAGAAGCCUGGGUCUCCUCUAGCUUGUUUGGUGUCUCCAGAGCUGUCCAGGAAUUUGGUCUGGCUCGAUUUAAAAACAAUGUGACCAAGACUAUGAAGGGUUUUGAAUACAUCUUGGCCAAGCUACAAGGUGAGGAAGCCAAGGAAAAGGCAAAAGAGACAGCACUGGCAGCUACAGAGAAGGCCAAGGACCUAGCCAGCAAGGCAGCCACCAAGAAACAGCAGCAGCAGCAGCAACAAUUUGUGUAG